AUGGACGCCAUCAAGAAGAAAAUGCAAGCGAUGAAGCUUGAAAAAGACAACGCCGCUGAUAAGGCCGAUGCCAUGGAAGGUCAAUUCAAGGACGCCAAUGCUCGUGCGGAAAAGAUCAACGAAGAGGUGCGAGAGCUGCAAAAGAAGCUGUCCCAGGUCGAGAACGACCUCGUCACAAACAAGCAGGCCUUGGAAAACGCCAACAGCCUCUUGGAAAACAAAGAAAAAAUGCUCACCCAAGCAGAAUCUGAAGUUGCCGGGCAAAACCGAAAAGUCCAGGUGAUUGAAGAGGAUUUGGAAAGAUCAGAGGAGCGCUUGGCCACAGCUACCACCAAGCUCGCCGAAGCAUCGCAAGCUGCUGAUGAGAGCUUCCGUAUGUGCAAAGUAUUGGAAAAUCGUUCUCAACAAGAUGAGGAACGUAUGGACCAACUCACCAACCAACUGAAAGAAGCCCGUCUGUUGGCUGAAGAUGCUGACAACAAAUCAGACGAAGUAUCCCGCAAACUGGCCUUCGUUGAAGAUGAACUGGAAGUAGCUGAGGACCGUGUCAAGGGAGGAGACGCCAAGAUCAUGGAGCUCGAAGAAGAACUGAAAGUCGUAGGAAACGCCCUGAAAUCUCUGGAGGUAUCAGAAGAGAAGGCUAACCAGAGGGUGGAAGAGUUCAAGAAGCAGCUGAAGAGUCUCACUGUGAAGCUGAAGGAAGCCGAAGCUCGCGCUGAAUACGCCGAGAAGACUGUCAAGAAGUUGCAGAAGGAAGUUGACAGACUCGAAGAUGAGCUGGGAAUCAACAAGGACAGGUACAAGUCCCUGGCCGAUGAGAUGGACUCCACUUUUGCCGAACUCGCUGGAUACUAA